AUGAUUAUUCUACCCAUCUUGGGUUUUGUAUUUCUUUUCACUCCACACGCAGAAGGAAAUAAAGGUUAUUCAUACGCAGAUUGUACUUAUGUAAAAGGCGAACACGACUCCACGCAUUAUGGCAGCCGAUGCUUCUGUUUCAGCACAGUGAUCAAAUGGAAAGACAUAUGGUCGACAUUCCAGGUUCGUGUGACCGGUGAUGAGGAUGUAGUUGUUGUUUACCCGAUGGAAACGACGAAUUGCCAUAAUCCUGACAAUCUGUUCACACUUACCAAAUGCCUGGUUGAACAUUACUGGCCUGCGACCAUCCAGAAGGAAAAGACCUUGGAGAUUCCUCUGGUGGAAGAGGAUGUUUGCUUCAUGGUGAAGUGUCCCAAAUCCAAAUGUGAAUACACUUUAGAAGUCUCCGCCAAAAGGUUGAAUCGGAUUCGUUUUGCGCUGUUUUUGAGUGGGCUCCUCCUGUUCUUCUUUGCUGGAGUUAUAUGCAGGAGUCGUUUGUUUUUUUACACAUCUGGGAUUUCACUAGGAAUACUCUCCAUCUUGUUUGUUCUGCUUUUCCUCCUGAAAAACUUUAUACCAAAGCGGGGCAUUUUCCUCAUGUUAUUCGGCGCAAGCUCCAGUCUCUCCUACCUGGGAAUCCAGAAAGUGCUGACGGAGUGGGAUGAAGUUAUGACGCUGCACUGGAGAGAGCUGCUAGGCUACGUGCUGGCAGCAGGUUUCGUUAGUUUUGCUGUGUGCUAUAAGCACGGGCCAAUCAGGAGCGAGCGUACUCUGACCCUGAUGACGUGCUGUAUGCAGGCUGGAGCCAUGGUGCUGCUGUUUUAUGGCAUCACCUACAGCCCUGCCGCCUACACCAGCCUGGGCCUUCUGCUGGCCUGUAACGUCCUGCCCUUGCUCUGGGCAUUCCUCCAGUGGACACGCAGACAAAUUGUUUGGAUGCUCCGCUCCUUUUUGGCCCUGUUCCAUCGGAGGAGUCCCAAAGUACGUCUCCUGACAGAGGAGGAGUACAGGGAGCAGGGGGAGAUUCAUACCAAAGCCUCUCUGGAGGAGUUAAGGGAGUACUGCAGCAAGCCUGGCUUCCCGGCCUGGGACACGGUGCUGAAGCUAAGCAAGCCACAGAGGUUUGCAAAGUUCCUUGGUGGCGGUUCCCACGUCACUCGAGCGGAGACGCAGGCCCACGAGGCGCGUUACGGACUGGGGGGGGAGUAUUACGAGGACGUGUUAUUUAACUCCCACGCGGGGUGUGUCCCUCGGCAGGGGGGCGGGGACGACGUCGGCGAAAACAAAGUAGACUUGUACGCGCAGGCACCGCCGACUCCAAACCCGAUCCGCUCCGACGCCGACGUUCCCGGGCCUCAGCUUUACGACCUGGCGGUGUGUCCCUACCCUCCCGCCGGCUACAGCCCGAUCCCAGAACCCCCUCCGAUCGAGGACCUGGAGCUGUUUUGAGGAGACGGAAGAAGCUCAGUGUUUUUUACACUGAUUUCAGCGCAGCCUGGAAAGAUCUUUCUAGAUCUUUUCU